CGACGACAUCACCCCUUUAUCCUUUCCCCCUGGAGAAACCUUCUCUUCCUCGGUUGCCUUUGCCCCUCGUUCCCCUCUUCUUCUCCCAAUCCUUCUAGAACCUUCCGGAACCCGCAGCGGCGUCCGGAUACGAUGAACGGUCUCCUCGCGUCGCCGUGCACGAGGCCGGCCCUCUUCCGCCCCAUCCCGAGCUCAGUCACCCGUCUCCUCCCCGCCAAAACCCUAGCCCUGCCCCCGCUCCGCCUCCCACGCAGCAUCCGCGCUUCGCCGCCGCCCCCGCGCGCCGCCGCGCAGGUGGCGGCUUCGGCCGUGGGCGGGCUUCUGGCCCCGCUCUCGGCGCUCGAGGUCGGCCUGCGGAGCAUCAACCUCGCGCCGCUGCGUCCGCCGAUCGCGGCGGCGAUGUCGGCGGCCGUGCGGUGGCUGGGGGUCUACCGGGAGGUUCUGCUCGUCGGGGUGCUAUUCUCCUGGUUCCCCAACAUCCCAUGGGACCGCCAGCCCUUCUCCGCCCUUCGAGACCUCUGCGACCCCUUUCUCGCCCUCUGCCGCGAGGUCAUGCCGCCCGUGUUCGGCCGCAAGCUCGAUCUCAGCCCGCUCGUCGCGUUCAUGGCUAUAGACAUCCUCAUCAUGAUCCUUCGACCUCAGCCACGCAUGUGAGGGAUUGAAGGGUAGAUGUGGUAUGUUUAGUUCUACUAUUGGAGCAUGGUCGUUUUUUUGGUCGUUGCUGGACUCUACCAAGAUAAGAUAAGGAGUGGUGGUUGGAUGCAAAACCAAUAUAUUAUUUGCGAGGGGAACACAGUUUGAGUUAUUUUGAGAUGUUUGGUAGGCAAGUGUAGCUCCCUUGAUAAAGCUUCUUCCAUUAACGGAACUCAAUGAUUGUACAACUAGUACAUGGCUUAGCUACAAACUGUGAUUAUGCUCUGUUCUGUGACCAAAUCCGUCUACGCUAUGUCAGCACAAUCUGCACGUCUGUUCAAAGCAAUACAGCGAACUGAAUCUCAAA